CGCCCACCCCCGGCAGCCGUCUCGUGCCUUCCUCCGGCCUCGCUCCCGAGUAGCGCGCCAGCCCCGCCCCCCGGCCUGUUCCUCCGUUCUUUUCCUUUUUCCCUCCCUAGGUGGGAGGGGGGGCUCGCGUGCGCCGUUGCUGCCGCCGCCGCCGCCGCCGCCACCGCUGCUGCCGGGAGGAAAGAUGAAUGGAAGGACUGAUUUUGGGACAGAGCAGAAUGCAGAAGUCUCACCACCACUCUCUAACAUAGGAAUGGAUUAUACUCCAACGGAAGAGGAAAGAAGAGUCUUCGCUGAAUGUAAUCGAGAGAGCUUCUGGUACAGAUCUGUUCCCUUUUCUGCAACAAGUAUGUUGGUUACUCAGGGAUUAAUUGCUAAAGGAAUUCUUUCCAGUCACCCCAAAUAUGGUUCUGUCCCUAAACUAGUAUUGGCUUGUAUAAUGGGAUACUUUGCUGGAAAAAUUUCCUAUGUGAAAACCUGCCAAGAGAAGUUUAAACGGCUUGAAAAUUCUCCUCUUGGAGAAGCUCUGCGUCUGGCUCAGGGACGUCGACUUGCAUCACCUGGAUAUUUUUCACAAAAGCCAGGAUUUGAGUCAAAAAUCUCUGAGCAUUCAUCUUUUGGAACAUCACCCACAUCUGAAAGCAGUACAAAAGAAGGUCCUUUUCCUCGUUACGAACCAAUCCCCUUCAGUGCUUCCAUGAAUGAAUCAACUCCUACUGGUAUUACUGAUCAUAUUGCCCAAGGACCUGAUACAUCUUUGGAAGACAGUCCUAAGAGAAAAGCCGUUACAUAUGAAGAAUUAAGGAAUAAGAACAGAGAAACAUAUGAAGUAAACUUGUCACAAAAAGGUGACAGCCCACUCAGAUCUAUGCAGGAAAGAACACCAAAAAAACAAGGGAAAGUAAACCAAUAUGGAGAUACUUGGGAUGAGUGAAAAACUUUGUCAUCUACUGAAGAGAGUUUGUGUUGAGUCUUCUGAAGAGAAUUUCAGCUAACCAGCAUCAUCUAGGUGGUCAUGAGCAUCUGAAGGGAAGUGCAGAAGCGUCCUCCACAAGCAUAUUUAAAAGAAGAAACUUGGGUUUUAGUAAUGUGGCUUAACAGAAGGUUUGAAAUUAAGUAUGGACUUUAAGGUUAAUAUUGUAUCAGUGUACACUGCUUGGGAAACUAGAUAAAUGAAGGUACUGGAUUGUGAUUUUAGAGAGUUUAUAAAAUUGUUUAGAAAAAUUGGUUAAACUACUCUUAAAGAAUCGUCAGACGACUCGGAUGCACUGGAAUGGGCAUAGAGGAAGUACUAUAUCUUUGUGCACAUAUGGGCAAAGCGACCAAAAUGUUAAGUAUUAAAACCCCAUGUGAAAAAUUUGGUUUCCUGCCCCCCCCCAAAAGGUUUGCCAUGUCUUCAUAUAUAUCUUGUCAAUUAAAGUUGAAAGCAAUAUGCAA